AUGCAGAAGAUAUUGAAUGAGGUUCCCUUUGAUCGUAAAGGAAACUUCACCACAGAUGACCACUAUACGUUUAGCUUAAAGGAGGCCAUUGCGUUGUACAACAAGUCGCGGAGAGAGGCACUAGAACAGCUCUACAAAAGCAAAGAAAUCACGCAGUCCAAGUCCAUGGAAAUGGAAGCAGAUUUUGAGGAAGUAGCCGCGAGUUGUGGUUACUUUAGCUUUUCCCUUCAAGACUUUGCUAAUGAAUUAAUCACGUAUCUCGAGAUCUUAGACGAUCUCAAAUUAGAGGUCGAAGAACGACCUGAUGGGAGGACUUGGGCCUGGUUGAGGUUUUGGCGACCAGUGCCAGAGUCAAAACCUCCAGGAGCAGAUUUCGGGCAAAUUAGCGCCACCGAUCCUGAAACCAACAACGUUCAUGGUAACUUGCCAGGUGUCUCAAAGACGAAAACGAGUGAUAAAUAUGGCCAGUAUUUGAGCAACAAGUCGCGCAUAGAACAAUAUCGGUACAGAUUAUGGCGGGCCCUUGGCUUCUUUCGUCGGGACGAUAUCAAAUUUGCUGUCAAAGUAGGAGUAGGAGCUGCGCUGUACGCCUUGCCGUCAUUCUUGAGCUCUACUCGACCCUUCUAUCAAAGGUGGCGCGGCGAAUGGGGUCUUCUGUCAUACAUUCUCGUAUGUACUAUGACCUUGGGAGCCUCAAACACCACAGGCUGGUCUCGGUUUAUUGGUACUGUGAUAGGCGCUGUAUGCGCUAUCGUGUCGUGGGAAAUUGCUGACAGGAAUGUAUUCUUACUCGCCUUCUUCGGCUGGGUGAUGUGCCUGUGGUGCUCUUACAUCGUUAUUGGCAAGGGGCAAGGGCCGUUUGGUCGAUUUAUUGUCUUGACGUACAAUCUUUCUGCGCUGUACGCAUACUCCGUCGCUGUUCAUGACGCCCCAGGCGACCCAGAUGAAGGUGGCAUUGACCCAGUCAUUACCGAGAUUACGCUUCAUCGAACGGCGGCCGUGAUCUCUGGCUGCAUCUGGGGUCUCAUCAUUACCCGUAUGAUCUUCCCAAUCAGCGAUAGUACGAAGUUCAAGGACGGCUUAAGCCUUUUGUGGCUACGGAUGGGUUUGAUAUGGAAGCGUGAUCCCCUGAACAUUCCUUUCGAGCCGCAAGCGUACAUGGACCUCCGAGAGGAAUUCGAACUGCACCGCUUCCUCACGCGACUCGAGAGUCUACGUGGAUCCGCUAAAUCAGAAUUGCACUUGAGAGGACCGUUUCCUGAAGCAGCCUACGGUAAGAUCUUGAAAAGUACAGGUGCUAUGCUAGACGCGUUCCAUGCUCUGAAUGUGAUGAUACUAAAGAACUCGGAGGCCUCGAAAGGCGAGGCUGCGCUACACAAAUACACGGAGGAGGAGCGGACUGCGGUGUGCACCCGGAUCAGUCACUUAUUUCAAGUGCUUGCUUCUUCUAUGAAAAUCGAGUUCCCAAUGAAUGGAGCUCUGCCUGGUGUCAGUCAUACCCGAGACAGACUGCUGGCGAAAAUGUUUCGAUUCAGACGAGAGGAGAAAGAGAAGAUCGGAGCUACCGACGAAGACUUUGAAUCGUUGUAUGCCUUCUCGCUAGUAACGGGGCAAUUGUCAGAGGAGAUCAAAGGAAUGGGCAAAGAGAUAGAGAAGCUCUUCGGUGUCUUCGAUGAAGACCUUCUUAAGUUACAAUGA